UCAACCUAAAUCUUAAUGCAAUUUGUCCAUACAGUUCCAAAGAGCUACUUUUUGAAUCGUGAGUUUUCCUUCACUCUUGAGAACGACAUCUACAUCCGCUACCAAUCGUUCAGUGACCAGAAUGAAUUGGAGAAAGAGAUACAGAAAAGAUGUCCAUACAAGAUUGAUAUCGGCGCUGUAUUCACGCACAAGCCCAAAGAUCAUCGGACGUUAAAGGCGGCUGCAUUUCAAGCCCAGGAGAAAGAGCUUGUCUUUGAUAUUGAUAUGACGGAUUAUGAUGAUGUCAGGAGUUGUUGCCAAGGUGCAGAUAUAUGCUCCAAAUGUUGGCCCCUGAUGACGAUUGCAAUAAAGAUUGUGGACAGUGCCCUCUAUGAUGACUUUGGUUUUGAGCAUCGUUUGUGGGUCUACUCAGGGCGACGUGGUGUUCAUUGUUGGGUGUGCGAUGAGGCUGCUAGAAAACUAUCUCAGAAUGCACGGUCAGCAAUCGCAGAGUAUCUCAGCAUUGUCAAGGGAGGAGAAAAUCAGGUGAAGAAAGUCAGUCUUCCAGAGCAGCUACAUCCAUCUGUAGAGAGAGCUAAACAGGUGAUAGUUAGCUAUUUUGAGGAUUACGCUCUUAACAGACAGGACAUCCUCGGUGACAAAGAAUCAUGGAAGAAAGUACUUGCCCUCGUUCCUGAUGAAACUCUCAGAGGUCAUCUAGAGAAUGACAUGGCCAAAGGGUCAAACUCUUUGGAGAGGUGGAAGCUGCUUAGAGAGCGAGUCAGCAGAGAGGUAUCGGUGGGUCGGGCCAAGCGUUGCGGUCAGUUGGUAGCUGAGAUAGCCUUUCAGUACUGCUACCCUAGACUGGACGUCAACGUGAGUAAAGGGGUCAACCAUCUCCUGAAGAGUCCCUUCUGUGUCCAUCCUAAAACAGGGCGUGUCUGCAUUCCCAUGGAUAUUACUGAGCUUGACCGUUUUGACCCAAUGGCAGUCCCAGAUAUCAGCCGACUUUGCCUUGAAAUUGAUGAGUAUGAUCGUAAGAAUCAACCAACGAAUCAAUCAACGGAGAAUGAUGAGAAUCAGCCUCCAACAAAGAUAAGAAUGAAAGACUACAAGAAAACAAGCCUCCUAAAGAAUGUUGAAGUCUUUGAGAAGUUUGUUGUAUCCAUGGAGAAGACAUGGAAAGGAAAGUUACAGGAACAAAGUGAUCAGCAAAUGGAAUUCUGAAGUCUUCACCUGCAACCUGCAAACCCUAAUAGCAGUAGUUCCGAUAACGGAUGACUCCACUCCAACGAGCAAGGAAGCAAUUCCCAUUCUGCCUCCAAAUAUGAAGACUGUACUCGAGAGCUCAGUGAUGCAGAACGAUACCUUUUUGCAGCAUUUUGUGUAGUGUGGGUCAUGUUGAAAGAAAUGGUGAAAUACAGAUAGUAAUGGUACUAAACUUUUACAAUGUAUGUUUCAGUUGAGUGAAAUUACUGUCUCAAUUCUUGUAAUGGCUGGCAUCAUAAGCAUCAAAUAUCAUCAACAAAAGACUUGGGGCAUGGAUUAAUCAACAAAUUGGAAUGGUUAGUAAAAAUGAUAUUAAACCUGCCUAUUCUUGCAGCAGGCAACCAUGCAAUGAAACAUUGGAGCUUUGUUAAUACAGAGUGAACUAUCUUUAUUGAGGUGUCAUUCAAGAAUAUGAAUCUCUAUUUAAAAUUCAGCUACCAUCUGCAAUAUUAUUGUUCUUUAAAUUUUUGUACUCACUUUGCAGGAAAUGUGAUUAUGUCAUUUGCACAAUGAAAGAGGAAGAAUUAAGCUCUACUUCACAUGUUUAUUAUUUGUUAUAGAUGAGUUAAAGUUCUAAAAAAGAAACAUCAAUAAAUUUCAGUUACAUUUCUACACGAAUGCACAUUGUGUGAGUAAAGUUUACCAUUGAAAGUAAGAGUUUUGUUUUUCAUUUUUUGUUAAGAAAAAUUCUUCUCAAGCAUGGAAUGGGGAUAAAACUUUUAGGUUACAAUCUUUGUGUUAUAGCUUUCUGGUAUAUAGUGGCUAAACCGAACAGCCUUUGACGAUAUUUAUGAUAUGAUAUAAUUUCAUGACGAACUUCCCUCUUCCAUUCACUUAACAGAAUAUCAGAAUAUGAUUAAACAGUCUCAUUACAGGUUUAGAUGAUUAAAUUCAAUUCUCUGUAACAUAUUUUGCAUUAGAUAUUCUCAUGCUAAGAAACUGCAGUUUUAUCAGCUCUCUACUGAUUUUGCCAUUCCCAUAAACUUUGUACGUGGACAAACCAGUUCGAAAGUUUGGUUGACAUGGUACCAAAAAUUCCUUUUUUUUGUUAGGGGAAGGGUAAUAUUGUGGUAUCAUUGAAAAUCAAUGAGCUACAUUUUAUUAAUAAAAUGAUAUUCAAGCUAAUCAUGAAAUUAAUAUAAUUAUCAUAUCGCUUAUACUAUUUGUCUACUCAACUUUUACAAUUAAGCUUUCACUCAACUUUUGUUUUCAUGUAUAAUUGCUUGUACAUUAUGUAAAUAUCCUACUUGUAUACUUGAUUAAACAUUUUAUAUAGUAAUUCGAAAACAAGAUUGAUUCUCAUCUUUUAUUCAGUGUCUUUAAGUUAUACAUGAAGUGUUUGUUCCUAUCAUUCCUAGACCAUUGUGACUUGAGAAUACUGCAUUGUGCAAAAGUGAACUAUUCCCAAAUAUGGUUUUGUGAGUGUCCAUUGUUUCAUUCUUCAUGUUAAUAAUAUACCCCUCAAAAAAAGUUCUGCUACUCCAGUUUGAGAGGUAUUGAAUUUUUUAGUGUGCCAUCAUCAUAUGUAAAAGUGGUAUCAUUGGAAUGCAUGAAUAUUCCUCUUUACAAUUAUGUGUCAUUUGUAAUGCUAAUGUUAUGGAAUGCGCAGACAUGAUAAUAUGCAGCAAUGUCAAAAAUGAAAUGUUGCAAAAUUUGUUCUCUCCAAGAGUGAAUUUCCAAUUGUUUUGUGGAUGGACCGAGUUUGAAUGAUGUUGAUGCAUUGAUGCCUGAAAAUCCACACAUUGUGUAUUCUCAAUUGUGCAAUGGAUUGAAUGCGUUUGGAAUAAUGUUUAACCUUGUCAUUUCAAAAAGUUUAAGGAUGAUGAAUUAAAACAAAAAGAUGAGAUGUUAGUUUCAUUGUUACUGAAUUUUAUUCACCACUGACACUUGGAAAACUCUCACUGUCAUCCUCCUACAUGGUCAAAAUUCUAUAGAAAUGGAGACUGGUUAGAAAAAAAUGCAUUUUGCAACAUUUCACUUCUGACUUUUCCCUAUAUUCAGGGUAACUGCACAUUCCAUGAUUACAUAAUAACAGCAGAUGACAUAUCAUUGUAAAAAGGAAUAAUUAAGCUUUUCAGUGAUACCAGUUUUAUCUUUUAUACCUCGGUAACAAAAAUAUAUCGUCCCUCAAAAUUGAGUUGCAGAACUUUUUUUUGAGGAGUUUAGUUAGGAAGAUUGUACCCACUUUUUCUAUAUGGACCUUCGCCACUUUUUGAUAGGAAUAACAUAUAUUUUUGUCAACUAACAAGGUAAUUAAAGGAGAAGUCUACCCUGACAUCGAGUUUAUUUCGAUAAAAACAGAAAAUUAAAAAGUUUUUAAGGUUUUGACCAUAUCUAUCAGAAAACAGACUUAACUUAUUGUGUUUCUUUGUGACAUCACAUGCAAGUAUCUUCCUCAUAUUCUGUAAUGUAAAUUCCAUUUUUUUUAAAUGACUUGAUGAUCUUAAAUAUGUUCUCAAGGAAGUGUGUAUGAAAUACUGGGUCUGAUGAUAUCUUGAAUAAGCAGGUAAAUUAACUUUUUCACUUUUCUGAAGAAAAAAGUAUGUCUAUCAUAUUUUCUUUUUUUCUUGGUAGAUACAGAUGACACUACUUGGUUCGAAACUUCUGCAUGCCAUGAGGUGGAUGUAUAGAGAACAAGUCAUUUGUGUUAUCAGGUGGCCUACAGAAAGAUGCAUGAUUAUGAAUAGGAGAUGCGAAAUGAGA